AUGAACGGCCGAGGCGAGGUAGUGGGAGCUAGUGGCCGUGGUCGGCCCAGAGGCCGAGCAUUCCGUGGUAGAAGAUUGGUGCCUUAUUCAUGUCGAGCCCGGUGGCCUCGGGGUGCUCGGAUUAGUUCAUACCAUUCACCAGGAGACGUGGAGGAGGCUAGCUCAGAUGACUCUACCCAACCCCCAAGCCAUCCAUGGGAACCACCGUGUGCGGCCACAACAUUGGUGGCCGAGCCUGACAGCGUCACCUCACCCAUUAUAAGGCCAGAGCCUGAUAGAGUUCAAAUCGGUGUGGACAUCCCCACAGAGCCUAACUUAGUGACCUCACCCAAUAUAGAGGCAAAUCCUGCUAGUUGCCAAAUCGGUGAGGACAUCCCUACGGAGCCUGUAGUGAACCAGGCGCAGAGGAGACGUGGACGUGGGCCAGCCAAGUACACUGAAUUUGAGAAAUUGCGGAAACAUGGAAAGGUGUUGUUGAAGAUAAACAAUGGAGAAACAGCACCAUGCUGUUCAAACGCCAACAUGUUUACAACACGAUUAACAUGGAUAGUCAAACAUCAUUGUGAUAUGAGUUAUCCAAGAUGGAGUGAUGUUCCCCAAGCACAUAAGGAUGAGUUAAUCGAUCGUGUUCGGGGUGAUUUUGAACUUGAUUGGGAAUUGGAGAACCAUCGAUUGACAGUAACAAAACAGCUUCGGAAGCGCUUUAAUGCAUUUCACCAUGAACUCCAUAGGAUAUAUUUAUCAUAUGCCAACCACGACGAAGCAUUGGCUAAUGGUACUGUUCUAGUUAGCCCCCUUGUUUGGGUGAAGCUAUGUGGUAGAUGGGGUAGCGAGGCGUUCAAGGUAUGUGUCAAGGGUGGUCAAUAACCCAUUAAAUUCAGUUGGUUAAUGUAAAACCUAAUUUCUUGGAUGUUUGUAUUUGUUAUAUUGUAAUGCUUACAUUUAAUGGGUUUUUAAUGGCAGAAAAUUUCUACUAAAAAUCGGGAGAAUAGGAAGAGGCUGAUUAUUAACCACACAGCAGGUCGCAAAUCUUUUGUGCGGAUUCUUGAAGAGAAGGUAUAAGAUUUAGGCUGUUUAAGUUGACAUUAUCAAAUUUCCCACUUUCUUUUUCAUUUAACGUUUGAAAUUUAGUAUUUCAUGGUAUAGCAAUUAUUCGUUACUCUAAUAAAUACCGGGAUUAAGCUACCAAUCCCGGUGUUGAAAUAUGUUGUGCCAGAUUUGCUGACUGUGUGUU